AUGUUCAAUGUGGUGUUCACCAUUUUUGAUAAGCAAGUUACAUUUUUGAUAAGCAAGUUACAUAAAUUGAAAGGUUUACAGGAAAAGAGAGAAAAAUUUUUAAAGGAUGUACAAUUUUUUAAGUGCCAUCUUCGUGAAGAAAUCACUCCAAGAACAUUACAACUAAAGAAGUCGAUAAGAAAAGACAUCAAUGAACAAGAUAUAUGGAAGAUAGAAAGAUUAAUAUUGAAAUCAAUAAUAAAUAAAAAAGAAUCGGAAUACAGAGAGUGGCAAGAAAAUCUGGUGGUAAACCUAACUGAAAAAAGUAUUCCAGAUGAUUAUAUGCGGUUUUUGUCAUAUGGUGUGGGUAUGAAUUUACCAUAUUUUGAUAAAUCAUUGGAUACUAUAGCGGACAUUGAAUUGGCAAUAUUCAAAAGUGGACUUGAUAAAAACAAAAAAGAAGAAAUGAGAAUAAAGAUCGCUGAAGAUCUAAAGAAGUUUAAAACAAAACAAGGAUACAUGAUGGAUCAAAAGGCUAAGAAGUAUAUAGGUAAAUAUAACAGAUUGAAAAAGUUUCUUCAUAGAUUUAAUUUAGGUAUUGUAAAAGCAGAUAAAUCAAGGCAAUUAAUAAUAAUGAAUUUAACAGAUUUAGACAAAAAGAAACAGGAAAUUAUAAAAGAAGGAAAUUUUGAAAAAUUAGAGUUAGAUCCAACAAGUAACAUACAGAAAUUAUUGAAGAAAAUUGUAGGAAAAUUAAUAAAAGAAGGAGCUAUUUCAAUUACUGAAAGUAAAGAACUAUUACCAGGAGAAAAUGUGAGAAUGCCAAAGUUAAAUGUUCGUAUUAAGACACACAAACAAAAUAAAUGCAGACCUAUAGUAGACUUUAAGAUGACCGUGUUAUAUAAUUUAGAGAUAUUUUUAAAGAAAUCAUUACAGGUUAUAUUAAACUCUGAACUUAGUAUAAAAAAUACUGAUAGUUUAAUUUCAAGAUUAGAAGCAGGAAGAAUUUUGCCAGAGUACCGUUUAAUGAGUAUAGAUAUAGUGUCAAUGUAUCCAUCGAUUACAAAAGAAAUGAUUAUACAGAGUUUAAUUAAAGGCGAGUACUUUCGACAAAAGGAUGGAAUAUCCAUGGGCUCGGUGGUCGGCCCAAAGCUGGCAGAGAUUGUUAUGAAAAAUAUAGAUAAAACGUUGCUGAACUUAGGUGGAAUAGUUUUUCUGGCACGGUAUGUCGAUGAUAUAUUUAUUAUUUAUAAUAGUAAAAUAACAUCACCAGAAAAAAUCUUAAAAGAAGCUAAUGAAAUUAAUGAACAUAUUAAGUUCACCUAUGAGUGUGAAAAAUUAGAUAGUCUAAAUUAUUUGGAUAUCACAAUAACCAGGUUUAAAGAUCAUUUGGAGUAUAGUAGGUAUGAAAAACCUUGUAACACAAAUAAAGUUAUAAAUUUUAGAUCGUAUUGUCCAAUUAAUCAAAAAAGAAAUAUUUAUUUAAUGGAAGUAAAAAAGAUAUUUUCUAGAACAACCAGAAGUGAAAAAAGAAUAGAAGAACUCAAAAAAAUAAAUAAGAAGUACUUGUUGAACAAUUAUCCGAAAAGAUUGCUGAGGAACUGGUAUGAUGAAUAUUCAAAAAGAAGAUUUCAAGUAAAGCAACAAAAAGAAAGUAAAAAGUAUGUUUCUUUUCCAUAUAUCCAAGGUAUUUUUGAAAAAUAUAAAAAAAUUUUCUGUAAAAACUUAAUACAAUUGGCUCCAUUGCAAAAAAAUAGAUUAUCUGAAUUAAUUAGAACUGAACCUUACAGAAAGAAAGAUUUAUUGGAAGAAGAUGGAGUGGUUUACAGGCUUCAAUGUACGUGUGGAGUACCGUAUUACUACGUUGGAGAAACAAAACGGAAACUAAAAGUGAGGAUGUCGGAACACUUGGCAGCAGUACGAAAUAAAAUUAAUACAUCCCCGGUAUUUUUGCAUUGUCAUGUUAAUAACUGUCAAUUAGAUAUUAAUAAUGUAAAAAUAAUACAUAAAGAGAAAAAUAUUGUAAAAAGAAAAUUUAAAGAACAUUUCGCGAUAAUUAUGCAAAGUAAUGUAAUGAAUUUGAAUAAUGGGGUGAUACCAGCGGAAUGCUGGGAAGAGUUUGUGUUACUUAAAGAUUGUAAACGCGAUAGUAUCAGUGAGAAAGAUGUGUUUUCUUCUGUGUCUACGACGGAGAAAAAUGUGUCGUUUGAGAUACCUUCUGCUGUUCCUAUUGUACACUCUAGUAGUCAGAAACCCUACUGAAGAGGCCUUGACAGGCGAAAUGCAUUUGGGUCUACGGACUCGGGACUUAUUAAGCCUCCAAAAGUCAGAAACGAAUGGAAAACUAGUAGUUUUCCGUGUACUAAAGAUUAGUACAG